UGGCGGAGAAGAGCGAGGACUCCGAGAAAGAUGCUAGCACGACUGCAGCUCCACUCUCAUCGCUGUAGCUACCAGUGUGGAAUAAGCAAGCCCUAGGAAGGAGGAUGGGGUGGGCUCUGGCUCUUCACGGCGGUGCCGGCGACAUCAAGCGCUCCGAGAGGACCGAGGCCGUGGAGUCGGUCCUCCUGGAAUGCCUCAGCCUCGGUGUUGCGGAGCUAGAGUCCGGGCGAUGCGCUCUGGACGUGGUUGAAUUGGUGGUCCGCGCGCUGGAGAACAACGAGAUGUUCAAUGCCGGCAAAGGAUCGGUUUUGACGGCCGAAGGCACUGUGGAGAUGGAAGCCAGCAUCAUGGACGGUGCCACGGGUGACUGUGGAGCGGUCUCGGGCCUCACCACGGUUGUCAACCCGAUCUCCCUGGCUCGCCUCGUCAUGGAGAAAACUCCUCACAUCCUUCUCGCCUUUGACGGGGCCGAGGCCUUUGCAAGGCAACAGGGAGUUGAAACUGCCGAUCCCGGCUACUUUGUCACGGAGAGGAACAUCCAGCGCUUGCGUCAAACCAAGGAGACGCAAACCGUUCAGAUCGACUACUCGGUGCCUUCCGAAGCUGGCGAGACUGUGGGUUGUGUGGCCGUGGACUGCCAUGGCAAGUGCGCGGCUGCCACAUCCACCGGAGGCAUGGUGAACAAGAUGGCAGGACGCAUUGGAGACACUCCGGUGAUAGGCGCAGGAACUUACGCAAACGGGGUGUGCGCGGUGUCCACAACCGGGAAAGGCGAGAGCAUCAUGCGAGGCAUGGUUGCGGCGGACGUUGCUGCUCGCAUGAAGUACAAAGCUCUCAAGCUCUCCGAGGCAGCGGGCAGUGUUGUCAAGGAGCUCGAGGCAGGGACGACAGGUCUGGUGGCAGUCUCGGCCAAGGGAGAGAUCGCAAUGGACUUCAACACAACCGGCAUGUUUCGAGCCAGUGCAGAUCACACAGGGCACCUCGAGGUCGGGGUGUGGUGAAGGAGAACGAAGGAAAACAGCUCUUUUGCUAUCUACAUUCUAGGAGACUAUGGCAGUGGCACGAAUAAAAGAUGGUCAGGAUGGUUUACGACUCA